AUGGCCGCCCGCCUCCUGCGCGUCGCCUCCGCCGCCCUCGGCGACACGGCCGGCCGGUGGCGGCUUCUCGCGCGACCCCGCACGGGAGCCGGCGGCUUCCGCGGGAGCCGAGGGCCGGGCCUGGGCGGCGGCGCGGUGGCGACGCGAACGCUGAGCGUAUCGGGGCAAGCGCAGAGCAGCUCAGAAGAUAAAAUAACAGUCCACUUUAUAAACCGUGAUGGUGAAACAUUAACAACCAAAGGAAAAGUUGGUGACUCUCUGCUAGAUGUUGUGGUUGAAAAUAAUCUAGAUAUUGAUGGUUUUGGUGCAUGUGAGGGAACCCUGGCUUGCUCUACUUGUCACCUCAUCUUUGAACAGCACAUAUUUGAGAAAUUGGAAGCAAUCACUGAUGAGGAGAAUGACAUGCUUGAUCUGGCAUAUGGACUAACAGACAGAUCGCGGUUGGGCUGUCAGAUCUGUUUGACAAAGGCUAUGGACAAUAUGACUGUUCGAGUACCUGAUGCCGUGUCUGAUGCCAGAGAGUCCAUUGAUAUGGGCAUGAACUCCUCAAAGAUAGAAUAA